CGGAAGAAAGAAAUAUUAAGUAUUUUGUAGUGUGCUAUUUUUAUUAUUGUUGUGUGCGUUGGUACAAGUAUCAUGCCAUCUGCUGCCAUGUCACCACACGGCUUUCUAGUCUUUUCUUUCAUCCCGUAUUCUCGUUUUCUAGUUGCUUGAGUCUUGAGUUGCUGUAUUUCUUAGGGGAUCGUCCUACACCACGUGAAUCACUUUCAUUAACCCUAACCCCCUUCUUAAGUAGUCUUUCUUUUGGAAUACAUAUCAUCACUGUCUCUUCCUUCUUGUUAUAAUCACACUCGCUUUGGUUGUUUUGGGCCGACGUUCUUUCUCAGCCUGAAUCACUUGAAACUGACUUGGCUACACUGCGCCUACCUGACUCCUACUCUUCAGCCUCUCGACGAUACAGUCACUCGGAAGAACAGAAAAAAAGUCUAGAAAGCUUUGCUGCUUUUCUACUUAAUCCUGCUUUUUGUACAAAAGCAACACCCUCAUCGAUAUAACUUCCUAGGAGCAUCCUAUCCUAGAAACCACAUAUCCUUCGCCAAUAGACUCUUGUGUAUAUCAUUCACCAUGCAUAGUCUCACAUCUCUUCUUGCCUUGGCCUCUACGGCCGCGGCUAUCCAAGGUUUCAACUACGGUUCUACCUUCACCAACGGUGCUGCCAAGACGCAGUCCGACUUCGAGAAUGAAUUCACCACAGCACAGAACCUUGUGGGAACUUCCGGUUGGACCAGUGCCCGUCUCUACACCAUGGUGCAAGGUGGAACUGCCAGUGAUCCUAUCUCCGCCAUCCCUGCCGCCAUUAAGACGAAGACCACCCUUCUUCUCGGUCUCUGGGCCUCAGGAGGUGACACUUCGUUCGCCAACGAGAUCCUUGCGUUGAAGGCCGCCAUCAAGCAAUAUGGAGAUGAUUUCGCCAAGCUAGUUGACGGUAUUUCCGUUGGUAGCGAAGACCUGUACCGAGACUCGCCUCAGGGAAUCGCGGCCGGCUCUAACGUUGGUGUUGGGCCCGAUGUUAUCGCUCGUUACAUCAAGGAAACGAAGGAUGCUAUCGCAGGCACUGGCUUAGAAAAGGCCCCCAUUGGUCACGUUGACACUUGGACUGCUUGGUACAAUGGAACCAACCAGCCCGUCAUCGAUGCCUGUGACUGGAUCGGCAUGGACGCCUACCCUUACUUCCAGGACUCGAUGCCAAACGACAUCUCCCAGUCCAAGUCUCUCUUCCAGGACGCUCUUAGCAAGACUCAGCAGGCUGCUGGCGGAAAGUCGGUCUGGAUUACUGAGACUGGCCAGCCCGUCAGUGGUAAGACUGUUGGACAGUCCAUAGCAUCUACUUCCAACGCCGAGACUUACUGGAAGGACGUCGUGUGCCCUCUGCUCGAGAGCAACACGAACCUCUGGUACUACACCCUGCAGGAUGCCGCCCCCGACACCCCGAACCCCAGCUUCGGCAUUGUCGGAAACAAGCUGCAGACCACCCCCCUCUUCGACCUAGGUUGUAACAACACCAAGUCCGCAUCCUCCUCGUCCGCGGGUGCCUCCGCCACCGCUUCCGGCUCUUCUGGCUCCGGCUCCGGAUCUAGCGCAUUUGCUACCGCCUCGGGCAGCAGCUCCACUGGUAUUUCCGGCGGAAGCCCCGGUGGCGUGGCCAGCGGUCAGAUCUCCAGCCAGGAAUCCGCCACCGUGACCCCCACCGCCAUCGCCCCCGGCGCGACUGGCACCGGUUCUGGAUCCUCUGGAUCCUCUGGCUCUGGUUCGGGUUCUAACGGAACCUUUACCUCGCCACCGCCUUCCAGCUCAUCCAUUCCCGCUAGCAGCGGCACCGGUCUGCAGUCUGGAGCCUUCGCAGCUGCGUUCGCGGCUAUCAUGGGUGCUAUCUACGCCUUGUAAACGGCCCGUCUCGGUACAUAACCCUUCGACUUUUAUUUCUCUUUUUAAGGACAGGUUGUAAUGAUCGGCGUUACGAGGCGGCCGUUACCGGGUCUCCGCAAAGGUUCUAAGAUGGCGAGAAAAGUCGCGUCUAGGCCACGGGAGAAUAUUCGGGAUAUAGACAAGGUCUUCUUUUCAUGAAUAAAUAAAAAUCCCUCCGACGUGGAAAGGAAAAAGGGAUGGGUUUGGAAUGGGACUGGACAAAGUGUUGCCGGAUUGAGGAUAUGCACACAUUAGAUCUUGUAAUGCUCUCGAGGCAAAAGCAGAAAAAGCUUGCCUGCCGUUGAAUUCAUGAGACAUAUUUUCCACCCUAUCAUUGGGAUUUGCUAGUUACCUGUGACUUGAUGAUUAUAGUCUCGAAGUUGAAUGUUAAGUCAGUGUGAGGGAAUUCUCCAUUCCGGACGAUGAGUAUUAACUGAGUACCUAGUUAUAGAGGCUUUGUGGUAGCAUGUGCGCCUACCAAUUGUUCAUCCAAUAUGUUUAAGAAUAGAUACAAUAGAUUAUAAUUGGCAC